AUGGCCCUUCCAUCCCGCUACUGCCCUUCCUGCCUCUCCUCUCUCCGCCCAACACGCACCGCCCUCGCCUUCCGCCCCUCCCCCUUCCUCGCACAACACCAACAACCCCCCCAGCAGAAACGCCAUGCCACCGGCCUCCCCUCCGCCCGCGCCGCCAUGUUCCGCAGCAAGAACAAGGACAAAGAAGGCGCCGCGAGACGGAAGAAGAAGGCGCGCGCCCAUUACACUCAACCGGACUUGAAACAGGCGCUGCAGUUUAGUUUGGUGGAUGCGAUGCGAUACCUCCGCGCAGCCGAAGUAGGCCGUCCCCCAACGUCCGCCAAAUACGAACUCCACAUCCGCCUGCGAACCGUGAAGAACGGCCCCGUCGUCCGCAACCGCAUGCGUCUCCCCCACCCCAUCGACACUACCACGCGAAUCGCUGUCAUCUGCCCUCCCGACUCGAAGAUUGCGAAAGAUGCGCUAGCGGCUGGCGCGCAGGUGGUGGGCGAGGAGAGUAUCUUCGAGGCAGUGAAGGAGGGCAGGAUCGAGUUCGAUCGCUGUCUGUGCCAUACGGACUCCCUGCCGAAGCUGAGUAAAGCCGGCGUAGCGAGGAUUCUUGGUCCCCGCCAAUUGAUGCCGAGCGCGAAGACGAAUACGGUGGUGAAGGAUGUCGGGGCGGCGGUGAAGGGGAUGGUGGGCGCGAGCGAGUACAGGGAGCGGGAAGGGGUGGUGCGGAUGGGAGUCGGGCAGCUGGGGUUCGGUCCUGAGGAGGUGCAGAAGAAUAUCGCGGCGUUUGUGGGGGCGGUGAAGAGGGAUAUCGGGGCGUUGGCGGAUCGGGUGAGUAAAGGGGUACAUGAGAUUGUGUUAAGUAGUACGAAUGGGCCGGGGUUGAGUUUGAAUGGGGAGGUGAGGGGGGAGGGGAGUGUGGACACGAGGGAUGUUAGUGUGGUCAAUUGA